CCCGGCACCGAGCUGUCAGUUCAUCCCCGGCAUUCCCUGCGACUGAGAGUUCUGUGCGCGUUCAGAGCGAUCAUCAUCGAGUCGAACCUGAGUGUUGCCUUACGAUUUUCUGAGCAAGUUCUCAAGCAGAGUCUUCUUCAAGACUAAUUUCUACUCCCAUUUCAUCUGCACAUCUUCGCUUCGUUAACAGUCAAGAUGUCCCUGUUGCCCUACAUCCUGAGCGAGCUGCACGACAUGUCCGCGGCCCUGGACGGCCGGCGCCACGGCCCGCGCUGGGAGCGCGACGACUACGGCCUCCUCGACGACCUGCUCACGUACCGCGACGUCGUCCACCCGGCUCUCGCACCAACCCGCGGCCUGCUGCGCCUCGUGGACCUGGACGACCCCGAGCAGGUCCCCGCCCACCACCACCUCGUGAUCCGGCCGCGACACCUGCUGAGGCGCCAGCUGUCGGCGCCCGCCCGCCGCGCCCAGGAGCUGCGUCAGCGGAGGCAGCAGCAGCAGGCCAAGGAGGCCGCCAGGAAGGACGACGACGGCCUGCUCAUCAACGUGGACGUGCAACAAUUCCUUCCCGAGGAGCUGUCCGUCCAGGUGCUCAAGGACCAGGGCUGCGUCGUCGUGGAGGGCAAGCACGAG